UUGUCAGUCAAGUGUCGACUUCAUUCCAUAUCAGUUCAAUGAAAUUUCCCUCAUUCUCGAACUCUCAUAAAAUAUCGGGAACAUAACUUCGAUUAACGUCAACUUAUUUGUCUGAUUUGCAUUUUACCAUUUGCGUUUACCAUUUUUUCACUAUUCCCAAAUAAGAACUUGGAGUGUCAAAAUGUUUAAAAUAACAGUAGGAAAAAAGAGGCAAAAUCAAGAAAAUCCGGGGCUGAGUUUUAAUUAAAGGAAGAGUAUCUUUUAAGACAUCUUGACAAUUAAAUAAAUCCCUGGUAAGGAAACUUAUGAACAACUUUAGGAACAACUUAUAACAACUUAUAACAACUUCCAUCUAUUAUCGCUGAGUCCGAAUUAGAGUUACUAGUCUCAUUUUCAAAUCUCUUUAAUUCUUUUUAAAACUCUUGAAGGCUCCAGCUUAAGACAUCUGAAGUCAAAACAAAUUUGAAAAUAUCAACAACGAAGAAGACUUACUUUUGCCCAAAAUGAAAACAAACUGGUCCGUUGAAAAAAUCAACAACAAUAACAAAAACAUUAUACUUGAAGUAGAGCAAUCAAAAAACAUUCGAAGAUGCUUAUUGCAUCGAAGUUAUCGCAAGUCGGUGAUUUCAGUUUCGUCUUUGAAGUUAAUUGUGCUUAUUUUACUAUUAACUGAAGCUAUCGUUGAUGCUCGGAACCUUAGAUGGGGAAUGCGCGUGUCAACUAAGAGAAGUGUGGACAAUUCAAGGAACAUUCUCUUGUCAGCUCAUCAGCCUCGGAGCAGAAUAUCACAAACCGAACAUGCCCCCCUUCACUUGAGCAGAGAAGUCAUACCAGACGGAGUUAUGCUUCAGCUACGCACGCCGAUGCAUUACACAGCAGAGGAUUAUGACGAAGAAAACUCUUUGAAGGACCUGAUGACUGUCUUGUACGGGGACGAGGGGGAUGAUGACGAAGUCGUGGAGGAAGCCAGAAGUUUCACCAACAAUUUCUCAAAGAGCACCCGUGCUAUUAUGUCGACAAGCACAAAUCGUCACAAGUCAGAAGAUCGUCUGAAAACAAACUCUUUCAACGGCCAAGCAAAACUGUUCACAUAAAAUUGGUGUGAAGAGUUGAGAGCUCAAAAUGAUUCAAACACUAACAACACGUCAAUUUUUGAGAGUUGAAAUAAAACUAAUUUGAAUCAUUUUGAGUUCUCCCAAAUUACACCUAGAAAAAUUGCUGCAAAAAGUAUUGAGGAAAAAAACCGUCAUACCGUUGCAGAUCUUAAGAUAAUCUUGAUUCUAAAGCUCUGAUUCUCGUCAAGUUACAUGUUAAAUGAUGAAGCAAAAGCAUUGUCAAAAUUUAAGAGUGUGGAAUUUACAU